UCCUGCCUCUAAAACUUAACGGUUGGAGAGCGUCCCACACGCUGACCCAAAGUCUCCGUUGGAGCGGAUUGAGACCCGCGGGUUGUGAAACCUGAAGUGAGCGGCUGCGCCGGGACUCCCGGGACCCCGACGUCUUUGCAGCUCACACGGCUAACCGCGAGGGCGCCCUCCGGCAGAAGCAGCCAACCGCAGACACGCCGAGGGAGGAAGGCUGCCGGCGUCCGGGCUCGGGGACUGGCCGGCACCCAGGCCGAAAAGCACGUGGGCUGAGCGGGAGCGGAGGAGCGUGCGCAGGUCAGAGCGCGGCGCGGUUCCGGAGGUCCCCAGGCCCGGCGACAUGGGGCGCCUGCUGUUUCUGCUGCUCUGGGCGCUCCUCCAGGCGUGGGGAGGCGCUGAAGUCCCGCAAAGGCUUUUCCCCUUCCGCUGCCUCCAGAGCUCCUGGUUCGCCAACAGCAGCUGGACGCGCACCGACGGGUUGGCGUGGCUGGGGGAGCUUCAGACGCACAGCUGGAGGAGCGGCUCCGACACCAUCCGCUUCCUGAAGCCCUGGUCCCAGGGCACGUUCAGCGACCGGGAGGUGAAGACGCUGCAACAGUUAUUUCGGGUCUAUCGAGACAACUUCACCAGGGACGUGAAGAAAUUCGCCGAAAUGCUGCACUUAGCCUAUCCCAUGGAGGUCCAGGUGUUUACUGGCUGUGAGGCGGACCCUGGGAACGCCUCGAAUAAUUUCUUCCAUGUAGCAUUUCAAGGAAGACAUAUCGUGAGUUUCCAAGGAUCUUCUUGGGAGCCAGCCCAAGAGGCCCCAGAUACGGCAAACUCGGUCAUCCGAGUGCUCAACCAGGACCAAGGGACGAAGGAAACGGUGCACUGGCUCCUUAAUGACAUCUGCCCCCAGUUUGUCAGUGGCCUCCUUGAGUCAGGGAAGGCAGAAUUGGAGAAGCAAGUGAAGCCCAAGGCCUGGCUGUCCCGUGGCCCCAGUCCUGGCCCUGGCCGUCUGCUGCUGGUGUGCCAUGUCUCAGGAUUCUACCCAAAGUCCGUGUGGGUGAUGUGGAUGCGGGGUGAGCAGGAGCAGCCGGGCACUCAGCGAGGGGACGUUCUGCCCAAUGCUGAUGAGACAUGGUAUCUCCAAGCAACCCUAGAGGUGGCCGCUGGGGAGGCGGCUGAACUGUCCUGUCGGGUGAAGCACAGCAGUCUAGAGGGCCAGGACAUCGUCCUCUACUGGGCAGGUGGGAGCCAAGCCUCCGUGGGCUUGAUUGUCUUGGCGGUCGUGGCGUGCCUGCUGUUGCUCCUUGCGCUCAUCGUAGGCGUUACCUUCUGGUUUAAGAGGCAGCCUUCCUAUCAGGGCGUCCUGUGACUCGUCUCGCCACAUCCGUGUCUCUGAAACUCAGGACCUCUGGACCUCAGGUUCCCAGGACUUCAGUCCCGGUGUGCUCAGGAACUGAAAAAGAAAGGAGAGAUACCUUGAAAAAGUAGAGAACAGUCAUAUGGCAGCUCUGAUCACACCCUUUUAACAUUCAUCUAAAAUAAUUUAAAUUCUUUUAAAAAAAUUACACUACAAGUUUAUAAGCCAAGCGGCUCUAUAAAAUCAGAAGUGUAAACACGUGCAAACUUGUGUCUGAAGACCUACCAGGGACAAGCAGUUAAGGGCUGGAGUGUGAGCGUGUGUGAUGGGAUCUGCAAUGAACUGGAACGCACAUGUUCUAUCCAAAGGCAUUAGCCGCAGCUGCUUGUCGUUAAGUAUAAAGUCAGGACCUGGCUUGGCUUUAACCGUCUUUCAAGAAAACUGGAAAUCUGGAUUUUUGCGCGAAUAUGCUUGAUUUUUUUUUUUUUU